CAGAGAUGACACCAAUUGCAUAGCCACAUUUAGAAUGAUCCUUGUUUGAUGUCAGUGUCACGUCACCACCUUGGGAGGGGGCAGAACCAAGAGGAAAGGAAACCAUCGCCUAAGGGAAAAAGGCCCACUCCCCUCCCCCCAGUGCAGCUGCUGGCUCUGUUAGCCUGAAUGCCGCUGCUGGCACACUUCUGCCCCAAUGCCCUUCUCUGCUGCAAAGGGAAAUCCUCCCUGUGGCCCACAGCCAGCCUGCAUUAGCCCCUUGGAUCUGAGACAUUACUCCUUAGUUAUUCCCUGAUUCACAGGACUUAGCCUAGACUCCAUAUUCCUUGGUCCCCAGGCUUGUGCCAGGUCUUCCGAAUAUCCCUCUCCACCUUUGACUUUGAGGGGUGUCCCUCUCCCACACCAGCUCUUUUCCAGGCAUUUGUUCUCCCAUGUUUGUAUUCCAGUCUCCUAUUUACCCCUGUCCCCCCCCAACCCCCAGGCUCUCAAGUUUGAUCUCAUUCCUCCACCUGCCCUUCCCUCUCACAGCUGAGGUUCUGGGCAGUGAUGAUGGCAAUGCUGCCCAACACGACCCCUGCCCCCAUUAUGUCAGAAGGUGCCACAGUCUCAUAGAGGACAUAAUACUGCAACAUCAGGGCCACUACCACCUCAGAGUGCAGGACAGCGCAUACCAGGGCAGGGUGGGCCUUGGUGACUGCAUAGCUCACACACACAAAGGAGACCAAAGCAAGGAUCCCCACUGCCCCCACACAGCUCCAACUCAGAGGGUCAUUGGGUAGCACAGGGGUCUGUAGCAGAAAGAGGCCUGGCACAGAGCCCAUUAGGCCCACCAAGCCAAAUAGGAAGGCCACUGUUGGUAGGCAGGAGGGGAAGUGCAGGGAGCGGUAGACCAGAAGCCCCAGUGAUAGAGCCAGGCCUCCUAGGAAAGCCAACACAUAGCCCAGGGCAGUAUAGAGUCCUGUUGUCCCCUCCUGCAGUGUCCCUAGUCCAGGUCCCACAAUGAUGAUUAAUCCCAGGGUACUGCCCAACAGGCCACACCAGUCGUAGCCACUGAGACCCUGACUCUCAAGGCAGAGGGCGAGGAGAGCAGAGCACACGGUAGAAGAACCUUUACGAACAGUGGCGGCAUUGCCAGCAGGCACCACUUGAACCGCACUGUAGGCACAUCCGAUGCUGAGAACGUUGAGUAGAGCAUGGAGAAAGGCCCGGCCCCGGACAUCAGGAGGUCCCAGCAGUGGGUCACCACGCAGCUUAAGUAGCAGGGCAAUGGGGAGGUGGAAGAGGCAUCGACCGAUGAGCAGCUCCAGCGAGGGCAAGUGGGAAGCCUGAAGGAAGAGGCUGGGCAGAAGGGACUCACUGAGCCACCCCCCAGUCCGCUCCAUGUUGGCUGUGCUCUCAGGCUGGCGCCAUGCCCCCACCUGCAGAGGUGACGGACCCAUCCCAUGCCCCUGCCGUCUUGCGCCAGCUCAAUGAGCAGCGGCUCCGUGGCCUCUUCUGUGACGUCACUCUCAUAGCCGGAGACACCAAGUUCCCUGCUCACCGCAGCGUCCUGGCUGCCUCUAGUCCCUUCUUCAGAGAGGCCCUGCUAGCUUCAGCCCCACUGCCCCUCCCACCAGUUACUGGGGGCUCAGCUCCCAACCCUGCAACCACCACAGCUGCCUCUUCUUCCUCCUCCUCUUCCUCCUCCUCCUCUUCUUCUUCUUCUUCCUCUUCCUCCUCUUCUCCCCCUCCAGCCUCUCCCUCUGCUUCAUCCCCACCCCGGGUCCUUGAGCUUCCAGGGGUCCCAGCAGCUGCCUUCUCUGAUGUCCUCAACUUCAUCUAUAGUGCCCGGCUUGCACUCCCUGGUGGUGGAGGGGACGGGGCAGCUGUGGCAGAGAUUGGAGCUCUGGGUCGGCGUCUGGGCAUCUCCCGCCUGCAAGGCCUUGGGGAGGGAGGCGAUGCAUGGGUACCUCCCACCCCAGCCCCCAUGACCACCUCACAGCCUGAAGAGGACAACUUCAGGUCUGGGCCUAAGCCAGAUGGAGAAUGGGAGGGUGACGGGGCUGAUGCCCAGACUUCUGACUCACAGCCCCCGCUGCCCCGUCGGCCCCUCCCUUGCCCACGAUGUGGAAAAAGCUUCAUCCAUCCUAAGCGGCUACAGACCCAUGAGGCCCAAUGUCGACGGGGGGCCAGCACUCGGGGAUCCGCAGGGCUGGGAGCUGGGGGCUCUGGCCCUGGUGGUCCUGCAGGAGUGAAUGCCUCAGCCCUACCCCCACCAGUGGGCUUCCGAGGUGGCCCUGAGCACGUGGUGAAGGUAGUGGGUGGCCAUGUGCUGUACGUGUGUGCAGCCUGCGAGCGUUCCUACGUGACCCUGUCCAGCCUGAAGCGGCACAGCAAUGUGCACUCAUGGCGGAGGAAGUACCCCUGCCGCUACUGUGAGAAGGUGUUUGCCCUGGCUGAGUACCGCACCAAGCACGAGGUGUGGCACACCGGGGAGCGCAGGUACCAGUGCAUCUUCUGCUGGGAGACCUUUGUCACCUAUUAUAACCUGAAGACCCACCAGCGAGCCUUCCAUGGCAUUAGCCCGGGCCUCCUAGCCAGUGAGAAGACACCCAAUGGAGGCUACAAGCCCAAGCUCAAUACCCUGAAGCUGUACCGCCUGCUCCCCAUGCGGGCAGCCAAGCGGCCCUACAAGACCUACAGCCAGGGAGCCCCUGAGGCUCCCCUUUCUCCAAGCCUCCACACACCGGCCCCUGUGGCAAUGCCAGCUAGCCCCCCACCUGGACCCCCACCUGCCCCAGAGCCUGGUCCACCACCCUCUGUCAUCACCUUUGCUCACCCAGCUCCUUCUGUCAUUGUCCAUGGGAGCAGUAGCAGUGGUGGAGCAGGGGGUGGGUCAACCAGCACAGGAGGGUCCCAGGCUGCCUCAGUAAUCACUUACACUGCUCCUCCAAGGCCCCCUAAGAAACGAGAAUACCCACCUCCUCCCCCUGAGCCUGCAGCAACACCCACCAGCCCAGCCACCACCUUGGUCAGCCCAGCCACAGCUGCAGGGCCAGCUACAGCCACAGAGGAGACCAAGGGCCGGAAUCCACGGGCUGGGAGGACUCUGACUUACACAGCCAAGCCAGUGGGUGGGAUUGGUGGGGGUGGGGGUCCCCCCCCAGGGCCUGGCAGGGGCCCCUCUCAGCUACAGGCUCCACCUCCACUGUGUCAGAUCACUGUGCGAAUUGGGGAAGAGGCCAUUGUCAAGCGCCGAAUCUCAGAAACUGAUCUUCGUCCUGGAGAGCUGAGCGGAGAGGAGAUGGAGGAGAGUGAGGAGGAGGAUGAAGAGGAAGAGGAGGAGGACGAGGAAGAAGAUGAGGAGGAGGAAUCAAAGGCUGGUGGGGAGGACCAGCUCUGGAGGCCCUACUAUUCAUACAAACCUAAGCGCAAGGCUGGAGCUGCCAAUGGAGGCGGUGGUGGGGGCAGUGGGAUAGCCCGAGGUCGAAGGCCACCACGCUGGAGGCAAAAGCUGGAACGAAGGGGCUGGGAAGAGAACCCCACAGUGGAGAGCCCAGUAGGGCGUGUCCGUGGUGAGCGGAGACACCGCUGUGGGGACUGUGCCCAGACCUUUACCACCCUGAGGAAGCUGCGAAAGCACCAGGAGGCUCACAGUGGGGGCUCCCACAGCUCUCGGGCUGGACGGAGGCCUUCUACCCGCUUCACUUGUCCCCACUGUGCCAAGGUGUGCAAGACAGCCGCUGCCCUGAGCCGCCAUGGACAGAGGCAUGCUGCUGAGCGGCCUGGAGGCACCCCCACACCUGUCAUUGCCUAUUCUAAGGGCGGCACUGGCACCAGGUCUGGGGAUGUCAAGGAAGAGGCCCCCCAGGAGAUGCAAGUGUCCUCAUCCAGUGGGGAGGCAGGCGGUGGGAAUGCUGCUGAGGAAGCUUCUGAGAUGGCCUCACUUCAGGACCCUGUCAUCUCAGGGGGCGAGGAGCCCCCAGUAGCUGGAGGGGGCAGCUAUGCAUACCCCCCUGUGCAGGAAUUUCCACUGGCUCUGAUAGGGGGUGGCCGGGAACCAAGUGGAGGCAGAGGAAAACCUGGGAGUGAGGGGCUAGUGGGUGUUUCUGAAGGGGAUCGGAUAGAGGGGAUGGGGGCUGCCAAAGUCACCUUCUACCCUGAGCCCUAUCCACUUGUCUAUGGCCCCCAGCUCCUUGCUGCCUACCCUUACAACUUCAGCAACUUGGCUGCUCUUCCAGUUGCUCUCAACAUGGUCCUACCUGAUGAGAAGGGUGGGGGAGCCCUUCCUUUCCUACCAGGGGUCUUUGGCUACACAGUGAAUCCUCAAGCAGCACCCCCUACUCCCCCAACUCCACCUCCCCCAACUCUUCCUCCAUCAGUUCCCCCUAAGGGAGAAGGGGAAAGGGCAGGGGUUGAGAGAAACCAGAAGGGAGAUGUGGGGUGAGCUCUAGGGCCAGAUCCCCCUUUCACCAGAUGCCGCCCUCCCUGAACCCCCUACCACUACCAGCUCCCUGGCUUUCCUGCCCCUUAGGAGCCCCGCCACACUCUUGUGCAGGGACUUGGGGGCCCCUGGAGCUCAGGAGUCAGGCUGCUUUGUGUGAGAUUGUAGUUUUCCCAUCUCCUGGGAAGGGAUCUUUGGUGGUUCCCCUCUCGAUCUUCCUCCAGGGAAUGGCCCCAUGAGGGGCAGGGCCAGCUCCCAUCCCUUCUCCAGCCCUUGGGGCAACUGAGCAAUAUACUUAUCUGAAUCUCUACUCAUGGCCCCCACCAGCUCUGAAUGUCUAACCUGCUCCCCUAAUUCGUAAACCUAGGGGGAAACCAUCUCUCCUAAUAAUCCCCACCUCAUUCUGAAGCUUUCUCUAAGCCCUUCCCUAGAUGCUUCCUAGCACAUUCCAUUCUUUGUGGCCCAGGGCCUGGACCAGACCAUUGUGAUACCUGACCCACCUGCCUGGGAACAUGGCUUUGGAUUCCGUUCUUCCCAAGGGUGGAUUUCUCUGUCCCUGUUUCCUUCACAUUGAGAUGCCAUGCCUUCCUUGACUUCCAUGCCUUUGGAUCUUCCAUGCUCCUCAUACUCCUGGGCUUUGGAGAUAGCCUCACCCAAUCCAGGUCAAGGAGGUAUUGACAGGAGGGCUUAACCCUCUGUUCCAUGGCUGAGUACUCUUCCAACCCAGGCCAGGGAAAUCUUGGCCUUACCUUGACCCUCAAAUCCAGUGAGCUCCAGAUUCUUCCAAGGCAAAAGAGGUGAAUAGAUCACACCUCUUCAUGCCUUUUCAUAUGGCCUCUUCUGGGCUAAAUCAGAUUUGGGGGUCAGGAGGAAAGAGCUCCAUAUGGAAUGGAGAAAGGAAUCUACUUUCUCCCAUUUUUUUCCUCUUUCCUGAUGGUUUCUCCCAGACUAGACCAAAUAGCCAGAAAAAUGAUGGGGGUUGGAUGGGUGGGUAAGCCCAAGAUUUGCACAUGACCUUCCAUCCUUACCUUUACCCCCAUCUUCCCUAGUGUCGCUCUCCUCACCAAUCACUCCAGAUGGUUUUGGGGGAACCAUCCUACUUUCUUGGUGGGCUUUGGGGUAUCCCCACCAACUUUCCCUCCAAAAGAGCACCUUACACCCCAUCUUUGACUCAGUUCCCCACACCCAAAGAUCCCAGCCUAGGGAUGGGGUAUAGGGACCUUAAAUAGUCCCUAAUCCCUAAUUUGCACUAGUUAACCCUGGUCAGGGGUCCCUAUAUCCUUCCAGUGGGGGAGAUGACUGAAAUGUUUGUUCCUAAUUCUGUUUGAAAACAGGGCCUCCCUGCUCUGUGAUUGGAAGAACAUUUCUCUUCACCCCCACCUGUCCUCUUCCCCCAGAAAAAUACAGCUCACAAGGGGAGAACCAGUUUGGGGGAGAAAAUUUGACAAAUGGGAAUUAGAGGAGUGCAGUUUUAAAAUGAGAAAAGGUUGCUGUCAAGAUGGCAGCUUUUCUCUCAGCUACUGUUUUUUGGGGCCAAGAUGGCUGCCCUCUCAGCAACUGCCUAGAGGGCAAGAUCAUGGCUUUUAGAGGGAAGCAAAUCUGGGGAGUGCCAGGAUCAUCAUCCUGUCCCCUCUUUCCCUCCCAGCUUAUAGGAAGGGGGAGGUGUUGGACAGGCUUCCUGAAUGUUAACCUGGGAGGAGUCACUCCUUCUUUCCUCCUCUGUCUCUUUGCACUUUUCUUGGUCUUGGCCACAGUCUGAGUGAAGAAUUUCCUACUGAAUGUACCAAGUUCCAAUUUUUAAUGG